CUUAUCACAGAUGUACCAACACGUCUUUGAAGAGGAUGAAGACCUCCCAAGAGUAAGACGUGCCGCUGCUGAUGAGGUUCAGGACGAGGACGUGGUGGGUGGCAACGGUGGGCUGAACGACCUGGGGCUGAUCAAGAAUAUACGGUCCAAGUGCAGCACCUACUUUCUGUACUUCUUGAUUCAGGAGAAGGAGAGGAACUUCGUGGAGGACGACGAGGACACCUAUGUGGACCUCAAGACGGUAGGCUCCGACUGUCCGCAAGAUGACUACAGGGAGACCAUAACGUUCAACCCGAUCUGUAACCUGGAAGUAGUGUGUGACAACUACGGCUGCUUCGAUUACUUCCUCAGAGAUUUCAAGGAGAAGGUGAAUGAAACCCAUCGCUGCCCGUCCUGCGCCAAGGAGGAGUGUUGGCUGAAGAUCUGGCUCGAGCAUUACGAGAAAGGCUACCUGGACAUCGAGCAAGUCAGCGCAAUCUUCAGCGCGAGUCGCACGGCGGAUUUUUCGGACAUGCUGGGCGUCUACUCUCCCUCCAAGGAUGACAUCGGAAAGUUCUCCAUGCCAGCCAAGGAGUUCAUUAAGUCCUGCAGCUACGACCGCCGCCCCUGUAACCACAAGCAGUUCUUCUCGUGGACAAGUGAUCAGUUCGGGCAGUGUUACACCUUCAACUCCGCCUUCCGUAAGGUUCAGCACAAGAGCAAAACCGUAUACGUCCGGGUAAAGAGCACCACAUCCACGGGGCCUAUGAACGGCCUCAGACUCUCCCUGAACAUUAACGCAAACGAGUACGUGUCGCUUCUCUCUCCCGACAUCGGCGUGAGAGUCAUCGUGCACAGCCCCCACCAGCUGCCAUUCCCGGAGGAGGAGGGCUUCAAUGUGUCCCCCGGUGACAGCGUCUCCGUCAGCGUGUCCAGGAAAGUCAUCCAGAGAGUAGGUUACCCUCACGGAAGGUGCAGGAAUGAAAGUGGCUCUUCUAUAUACAAGGAAUACACCAGCAUCGGGUGCAAGAAGCUGUGUCUGGAGGAGGAGUACUGGCGGGAGUGUGGCUGCUACGUAGGGAAGAGCCCCGUGUACCACCGCGACAUGCAGCCCCUCGUCCGCCCCGACAUUCCCUGCUCCCCCUUCAAUGUGAGGCAGAAGCUGUGCAUGGAGAUGGUGCAGUACUCGUACCUCAAGGGCAAACUCACGUGUCCCUGCCCGCCAGCCUGCAAGGAGACGGUGUUCAUGCCACAGGCGACGGUUAGCAGGGGAAACCAGAAGUUCUUCACCAUUCUACAGAACCUGAAGAAAACCAUGGUGGACGACAGUCUCUGCAACGAUAAUAGCAACAACAGCGACCCUGUCCGCCUACACUUCUACAUGGACUCCCUCUCCUACGAGAAGAUCGAGGAGAGUCCAGCCUUCACGUGGAACACCCUCGUGUGUAAUGUGGGCGGCAACCUGGGCCUCUUCCUGGGUAUGUCCAUCGUGACCCUGGUGGAGCUGCUGGAGUUCCUCAUCGACCUGCUGUUUAGCUGCUGCAACUUCAGGAAGAGUGACGCCACACGUGGUGGUGGUGGUGGCGGCCGUGGCAGCUCCCCGGUGAUAGCCCCACCAGAAGCAAGGCCAGCACCCCCACCUCCCCAUCAACCUCAGGACAGUCAGUGGUGGGAGAGAGAGAAUUACUCCUCUCCAAGACGUGUUGCUUCUGCUGCCUUCAACAGAAUCUUCCUGGGUGAAUGAGUGUGCAACCAUCUCAGAAUCACCUCAUCCUAACACAGACCCUCAUACUGACAAUGUGAUAUAUCAAUCUACAGUACAGUAGUAAAUUGCAUAGUACAAAGAACAAAGGCACACAAGCAUAAUAAAGGAGCCCAUUCACCACACAAAAUCAAGAGAUUGAUUCAAAAUAACCAGAUUCCUUAUUAUCAGUGAGAAACAUCACAGAAAGAAAUAGUUGAGCAGCAUGUGUUCUGAAAAAUGCUAAUUUCCAAGUAUAAUUUCUCAAGAUGAUGGAUUGAAUGCUGCUAAUUCAUUUUCUAAGAUGGAGAUGUUGAUUCAACUAGACUCAACCUUGAUGCUUGUACUAAAUAAGCCACUGCAUCAGAAAGCUUUAAUCAAAGAUACAACACAGCAUUUGAGCUUAAUAGUGUACUCAAAAUCAAGUAAUUACCUUAUAAUAAUGCAGUUCCAACCAAUUUUCAACUUUCUACAUUAAUAAUACAAAUUACUGGAAAAGAGUAAAGCCAAUGCCUGGACCAUGCACUCCAUGCCCCCAAGCAUUAAGGUGUACAGUGUACAUCACCAUGUGGACACUGGCUGGGGACAAAAUUUUCUUUCCUUGACUUUUAACACUGCUAGUUAUAUUGGGGUGUGCAUUAUGUGUGCUUCAUGCACCAAGUCCAGUAAAGUCAACUGUUAGUCACUUUCUUGUAACAUUUCUUGCAUCACACAUACUUCACAAACAGUUGUUGUAUUUUCAUUUAAAUGAUAGCAGAAUACAUGAGAGAAUUAAAUAAAAGGUUGAGGGGAAUAAGCUUGCAAAUCUAGAGUGUAUGGACAAGAACAAAUAGAGAUUCUUUUAUUGUAGCCAUCCCUCUACGACAGUUUCAAGGAAUGGGCAUUGAAAGUAGACUAGAUCAAAGUUGGGACUAGGAAUUACAUCAUAUGUUCUCACUAGUAUGAAUAAUCAAAGCUCCCAACACAAGUCAUUCCACUCCCUACAUUGGAUCUUACUCCAUUUGACAUUUUGACAUACACUGAACUGUUUGGGUUAAAACACUGUUUUUGAGACUCAUGUGUCUUCACUCAACACUCUGGCUGAAGUCAUGCAUGUGUACAGUUUUGGUUUGAGUAUGUACCGUGAUUACACUACCCUGUGCCUUCACUCCCUGUGAUCCUUGUGUGCCUUGAAUACAGAAUAGAAUGCA